AUGGUUGGUUUUAGAAGACCAGAUGUAUUAAUAAUGGCAAACCAAAUGCAUGCAAUGAAUGUUUCGCUAGAUUCAUCUAUCACUGCUAUUGACCCUCAGACUGCUGUAGCGUCUAAUAAUAAUUACGCAAGUAAGGGGCUCGCCCGUUUAUGGCACGAAGAGAUUAAGUGCCUUUUCCUUCGAUGUAGAGAUCCACCAGACGAAGCUAUAGAAACCCUUAUCACUAAAAUAUUUAAAUAUGAACUAUAUAGUGAUGAAGCCGCGGAGGUCUUAUGCCACUCAAAACGAGUUCUAACCGAUUUUCGCAACGUCGUCACUAAGAAAGCAUUAAAAAGAUAUUUGACAGGUGUUAAUAUGGAUAAGCUCAAGAGGUGUGGAACGAUGGAUAAGCUCGAAACAUUUGUAAAAGAAGUGUUCAAGAUAUGUCACAAUAACUACGAUAUUCAAGCUGUCAAGAAACUUGACUAUCUCACGAUCAGUUGUAAAGUUCCAAGUAGAUCCGGCAAGAAUAUUGCAUCAAAUAUUUUUCUUUAG